CGCCAUAGCGCCGGAGCGAGUAUGGCGGUUAUAUUUUACGUACCAAUAUGACAGAAACGGGAUUCAUACCAGUGUUUACUUUAAUGACUAUAUUUGUCUUUCCUAUGGUAAUUAAAUAGUGAACCGGAAUACAAAUUUUGUUGAAGGUGCGUCGGUCGGAGACUGCAGUGAUAGGUUACGACAGAAAACUAAUAUGUUUAUUAGAAAUUGUUUCUGCAGAUUAAUGUUUGUUAUUGUGCACAGUUCGUAGAAAAUAGACCAGUGGGAUUUAAAAUGGGAAGGAUUAUCUGUUCCGUACUGCUUUCUUUUUGCUGGAUCUUCGUAGAAGUAUACUGCCAACUGAGUGAGAAUACACCCCCCACUUUGUGGUUAGACAGGAAUUGGGACAUAAAGGAGAACGAAACGGUGGGAACUAAAAUUGCACAAGCUCAUGGAGACGAUGCUGAAGGUGAGCCUUUGGUUUACGGGCUGGAACCUAUACAGUUUUACGGAAGCAAACGUCCACCUGAAAAACUGCCGUUUCGAAUAGACAAUGAAACCGGCACAGUUUAUUUAAACGAGUCAUUGAAAGGAAGAGCUGGACAAAACCUUCACUUGUACGUGACUGCUUUCGAUGGGCAACUCCUUGCGAAGACGGAAGUUAACGUAAACAUUUUGAAUGAGUCAUUGCGUUAUAACCCUUCGAAAUCCAAUAGACCUCCAUUUUCCCUCGGCCAGAAUGCGAAUAUAUUCAAAUAUCCCGGAGUUCUUCCACCGAAACCACCUCCACUUCCUCCAUCACUGCCUGAUUACACCAAUAAUCCCCCUCCCGAAAUAUCUAAUAAUCCCUAUAUACAAAGGCAGCAUAUUUUCCAACAAAAAACUUAUCCAGAACAAAAUACCAGAAAACCUGAGAAAAAAUCUGACAAAAAUGUAGCAACCAUUCUCAAACCUGUGGAAAUUGAGAAAGAGGUUGACAAUAAUUUGUCGGAGAAGACUGAAAGUACCACUAAUACUCAGAAACCCACAACUGCCAGGCCAGUAAAUAAAGACAUAGAAUCAACAAAUGAAUUGUUAACAGUUGAUCAGUCAGUUAAGUCUCUUCCAGAAUUAACUGCUACCGUUAUACCUAUAGCGUCAGUGUUUGCAGUAUUUUUAACAGUCGGAGUUAUCGCCAUGGUGUUCAGGAAAAAAAUAUACUUAGGAAAGCCCAAAGAUUCUAAGGAAGAUAUGAGAAAAGAAUCGUCAGGAGGAAUAGUUCUCCGUGAGAGUCCAGGAUUAAACCUUCAGGAAUGGAGAGGAGUAAGAGCGUUCAGUAAUCGUUAUGAACCAUGGCAGAAUGACUCAAAUCAUACUCAGCUGGACAAUCAAGAAUCUAUUGAAAUAAAAAAUAUUGAUCAAUGGGAAUUUCCAAGACAUCGUUUGAAAUUUUUCAACAUAUUAGGAGAAGGGGCAUUCGGUCAAGUUUGGAAAUGUGAGGCUGUAGAUUUAGACG